AUGCGGCUCCAAUGCGCCCAAGCAGUCAGGCAGCGGCCGUUGACCUCUUACAUUAAUCGCAUUGGCCAAAUCCGCACAUACAGGGCCGCCGUACUAGGCGCUGGCGUGACAGGCCUCACGUCCGCCUGGCGGCUGGCACAAGACCCUGAAUGUGAACAGGUCGUGAUUUACGAGAAAUCCAACCGGUUAGGUGGCUGGAUCGACUCCGAGAGAGUACCUGUCAAGGGAGGCGAAGUGCUAUUUGAGUACGGCCCGCGCACAUUGAGGGGAGCGAUACCAACAUCGCUUCCACUCCUCUACCUGGCCACAAAUCUAGGCCUGUAUCAAGAUCUUCUCUUUACGCCCAAGUCCAGCCCAGCGGCCCGCAAUCGGUUCAUUUAUUACCCAGACCGUCUGGUACAACUGCCCGGUCCUUCCACUAAGAAGCUCACAUUUAUCGAAAAUAUUCAACGGAUUAUCCAAAAUCUUCAGGAUCCAUUAUUUAAGGGACUGUUCUCGGGAGUUCUGAAAGACGUCCUCAGCCCACCCCGGCACCCGUCCGAAUGGGCGAAGGAUGAAUCGGUAGCCGAUUUUGUCGAACGUCGAUGGGGUUCCAAUAUUGCUGAGAACUUGGUCUCGUCGGUAUAUCAUGGGAUCUAUGCCGGAGAUAUCGAUCAAUUGAGUGCCCAAACGCUAAUGGGCGACCUUCGCAACAACGAGGGUGGCGUCGGUGGUGUUGGUGGGUUUGUUUCUGGCGGCGUACUGGGAUCUAUGAUAUCUCGGUCGAUGUCGAAGACAACGACAAGAAAAGUGGAUGAUUUCAUGGCAGUGGAAGCUAUACCUGCGGGCCCUGAGUUGGUCAGACGCCAACCUCAGCUAGAGAGGCUUCUUGCGCAAGCAAGUACUUUUAGCUUCAAGAAGGGCGUUGCACAGCUUACCGAAGCACUGGCUGCCUCGUUGAAUGCGUCUCCUAAAGUCAAGAUCCACAAGAAUAUCCAAGUUCAAACACUCGGUAGAACCCUGCACUCCUCCUCCAUUUCGAUCGAAACUCCCUCAUCACUUGAAAAGGGCAAGACAACAUGGUCCGAAUUCGACCAUGUCAUCUCAACAAUUCCCCCAGUAUCGCUUGCCAAAACCAUGCGUACAAACACAACGGACAAGGAGCCAAGAAUAAAAAACCCCGGCCAUACUCCUUAUCUCCUUGGCAAACAGAACUACGCCGUAACUGCCAUGGUCGUGAAUCUCUACUACCCAAACCCAAACCUUCUCCCAGUUGAGGGUUUCGGCUACCUCAUCCCACGCUCAAUUCCGUAUACUCAGAACCCCGAGUGCGGACUGGGUGUGAUCUUUGCCUCGCAAUCCAGUGUAGGUACUUGCGUGGAGGGUUCCCCUGUCAGCCAAGAUACCGUUCCCGGCACAAAACUCACUAUCAUGAUGGGUGGCCAUUAUUGGGAUGGUAGACAAGAGUAUCCGAACCACGAAACUGCCGUCAAGAUGGCACGCUCGAUGCUCAAACGACACCUUAACAUCACUGCUGAGCCCGCCGUUGCAAAGAGUCGCUUGCAGAAAGAUGCCAUUCCCCAAUAUACUGUUGGUCAUUUAGAUCGCAUGUAUGACCUGUCGACGGUUGUGCGGCAUGAGUUUGAUAACCGCCUCGUUCUGGCUGGAAAUUGGUAUAACGGGAUCGGCGUUGGCGAUUGUGUCAACCAGGGCAUCUUGGCUGCCACCUAUGGACUUGGUCGGAAACUAGGGGGUAGUGUGACACCUUGGCGACCGUGGCUGUCUUAUGAUUAUGAGAACUGGAAGUUGCAAGGUGGUGUUGUUACGGCCCCCGUGAGGUUGGUGGAUUCCACCAUUUAA